GCAGGUGAGCGGCGCGUCCUUUCCCUCACGCGCCGGCACCACAACUCCCAGUGAGCUUUGCGCUAACUCGGGCGCUGCCGUCAGUGAACGGAGCCGGCGCGUUGCGUGUCGGGACAUGUAGUCGUUUGUGGAUUUUUUCCUCCUCGCGUUAAAGAUCUCGAAGGCAAAGUGAGAGGAGGCUUUUUCGGAUGCCCCCUCGUGAUAGGCCGCGCCAACUUGACGGGGCGGGAAGAAGGAAGCCUAUAUAAUAGGGAAGAAGGUGGACUGACGUACGGGAGAGCCUAUGGUGUGCCGGCAGUGUCGCUGGGCGGGCGGACCGUGAGGGGGAGGCCUGUGGCGCUUGUCUUCUUGUCCCGAGCUUGAAAGGAGGUGGAAACAGCAGUGGCGGCGGCGGCGGCGGCGGCGACGUUUGUCGUUGGAGACGCAACCUGAGGCGAGUCCCUUCAGCGGCGGGACAACCGAAGGAAGAAGGUGAGUGUCCGGAGCGGCGAAGGCGGCCGUCCUGGGCCUCCUUCGCUCGCUUCCUCCCGCCUCAGAAUUUUACCUCAGAAGGAUGACGACGCCCCUAUUUCGAGCGGGGGGUUAUGUUUUGUUCCCGCUCCCCGGCAUAACCACACCUCGGAGGACUGCCGUGUCCCUCCUGGCGCCCAGUCCCUUCACCGCAUUGAACACCUCCCCGCCCGGCUCAGUUUUUUGAGGCCUGCUUCCUCCGUAAUGGUCUCCAAAAGUGUUUGUUUUCUGUAGUGGUUCUCUUCUUCAUAACCUCUCUCACUCACGCACACGUAUUCUUUCUUGCUUAAAAAAACCCCCAGCAACAACUUGGCACCCUUGACACGCGUCGAGGGGAUCCACACGUGCACACUCAUACUUCUCUGGAAGGGAAGGGCGUGUGCUACCUUCCCAUGUGUUGACUUGUUUGUUUCUUUCAGUAGAACCACACACCUCUGAACUUGGCACCCUUGACUGGCGCAUGUGCCCCCUUCCUCCUCCUCCUCCUCUGCUGGGAGGGAUGGUGGUGCCUUGUUUCCUGCUCUGGCGUUAUUUAUCUUGCCCUUGUAUUUAAGGACUAGCCUGGUAGCCAUAGGUGGCUGGCAAUUGUGUGCUGGGGAGCCCUACUCAGGUGAGCAGAGUUGGUGGAGAAGGGAUGGGAAAGCACCCAGCAUAGAAACUAAGAGGGGUGUUAUAGGAAGUAAGUCCCCUUCUCUGUCCCCGGUCCGUCCCUCCUUUGCCAACCCUGAGUGGGCAAGAAAAACAAAAUAGUAGGCUAGUAAUUUUUACAAGGCUGCUUUAUCUUUACUUCUCCUGCAUGCAGAAUGUUUAUGGCUUGAUUUGAUUUGCAGGGGUUGCUGAAAGUGCAAACGGUCACUUGUGAGGAAGUCAUGAAAUGCUUCUUUUCUUCCUCCCCAAACUGAGCCCAGUGGAUUGUGCAUAAGCACUAAAUCUGUUUAUCUUUACUGCAAGAGUCUUCUGCCUUAAAAAAAAAAAGUUGAAGUACGCUAGAUAAUGGGAGGAGAGAGGGAAAGUUCUGUCUUGUGGUUACAGAAGCUGGGUUGGCUGCCUCAGAGGUGCAAGUCAUUGCUUGAUGUUAACAGCUGUCAAGCAGUGGAAAUGGGUGUGUGGAUGCUCUGGGAGAGAGAAAGAUAUAGGAACCGCAGAAAAGUGGUGUGGGGUAGUAUAAUGGCCAAUGCUGGUACAAAAUUUAAACAUACCAAGGCUCUUGGCCAAAACCUAGAAAUAUCUGAACACAUUCUAUUUAAACAGAUGUUCUGUCGUGCUGUCCAUUCCUCGCCUUUAAUGCAAUUUUAUUUACAACAUUAAAUCACCCAGACCCGAACCAAUAAAGUACAUGAAGCACUUUGCAUGCUUGAAAGCACUAUUCAGAUAUUAAAUAUUUUUAUUAAGUCCCCUAUUCCCCACACUUGUUUCUGUUGCUUGUGUUGACCCUUUGGUGAGGCACCGUUUAAUCUAGUUUCUAUAAUUACCAUCCUUUAGACCCUUAUCUGGAUAUGCCUGCCCCCUUGUUAAAAUCUUGUUGUUUUUCACUGGGCCGCUAGAUUAGUACUACCAGUACCAGCACAGAACAGAAUUCUCAGCUUGCCCAUAAAUAUACAUAAGAUGUUGCAGGAAGGGGGAAACCUGUUCUUUAGGCACCCUUUCCCUGAUCAAUAACAGGGGUUCAAAGACUAGUAUGCUGCCACAAGCUCCUCUUCCAUCAGCUCUUAGUCCCACAUCCUUUACUACCCCACACUUCCUCUUGUAGACUCAGAUAUGUCUUCUGUUCUGUAGUCUGGUGUCCUGGACUUCAGCUUUGGUGCGGCAUUCCUUUCUUUGCACACUUUCCAAUCUCUGUCGCUUUGUGCUUUUGUCUAUACCUUGGUGUGUGUGCCUUCCUCCUUCCCCAUUUUUUUGGACCUCUCCCUUGCAUGAUACAUACAAGUUCACACCCUUGUUAAUUUAAUGUUAAACUACCUCCCAUUUCUCCAGUGGCUGACAUGGAAUAUAAUCUUACAAUUUGCAAGCCUGUACAGAAACUCUGAGAACAAUUAACAAAUUUACCAUGUUACAAAAACAGGUCACUAGAGUGUAUUGGUGUAAUCUGGUUAAUACAGACUGUUUGCCCCUUUAUAAUCCAUUUCUUUGGGAAGCAUCUUGCUCUAACCUAAGUGGGUACUAUGAAUGGAUUACAAAGGAAGAAAGAGUAUUAUGUUUCCAAGAGACAGGAGUUGGGAAAUUGACAAUGGAAUGAAAAUAUGGAUAUUACAAGAGUGUCUUACGAAUUCUAAUUGCCCAUCAGUGAUCUGGGAAGUUAAAUCUAACAGACCUGAUUUCUUUCUUAAUAUGUGUAAUCUUGUCAGGAUUCUUGAGAUGUGAGCGUAUGGACUAGAAAAGACACUGAAAAAAGUGUAGGAAGCUUAAAAUCAGCUGUGUGUUUCUGUGUAUACAAAUUACAGUUAGAUAUUGAAGAGGAACUCAAUCUAUUGUUCCUGGCUCAAUCUCCCCCAGCUUUAGUAACCUUCAGAUGUUUUAAACACCAUCUCCCUUCAACCCCAGCCAAUAUGGGCAGUAGUCAGGAAUGAUGGGAGUUGUAAUCCAACAACAUCUAGAGGUCACCAGGUUAGAGAAGCCUGCUAUACCCAGUAGGUUUCAUUACACAGUAUAUAUCAGAGGCAGCCCCUUUCAUGCUAUGUGAAUCCAUCGCCAAUAAGGUGUUUUGUACAGGUGCUGGCCACCUCCCCACCCCCCAAAUUGGGUGUCUGUGAGGAGAAAUAGUACGGCCAUUCCACUUAUGCUGGUGUUUGGCAGCUCAGAAAAUUUUGAACUGUGCGUUUUCUGCCUGAUAGUUCAGGAGUAUGAAAUGGAAACAAAGUAAGUAGGCCAUCUUUCCCCUCCCCGCCUUCCCUUUCAGGACCCAGCACAUUUUGACAGAAGAUUAUUCACAAAAGAUGGAGAGCCUGCUGUGAGAAGAAUCAUUCAUCUCUGCUUUGUGCCUGCCUGUGGAAGGACAGAAUUACACUAAUUCUCCCAAGAUUGCCUCUGAAAGUUUGGUAUCGUGUGCAUCUUUCAGUCUGGCUGUGUGUUUAGUAUGCGGAUUCUACCUCUUCACUAAUGAGAGGGAGAAUGGGAACCCAGGGCAGCCCUGUGAAGAGCUAUGAUUAUCUGCUCAAGUUCUUGUUGGUUGGUGACAGUGAUGUUGGCAAAGGAGAAAUCCUGGAGAGCCUUCAAGAUGGAGCAUCUGAAUCGCCUUACGCAUACAGUAAUGGUAAGCAAUCUUAAUAAAAGCACUCUAGCCAAUAUCUUGCAUUAAUUGGGGUGUAUUCCUCAUUUCUAGGAUGUAGUAUUGUCUUGUUGUUUAUGCAGUUUGGUCUCCAUAACCUGAAAAAUAACACUUUGCAUAAAAUAGCUAGAAUAAUAAUUAAAAAAGCCUAACUAGCCUAGAUCUUUCAUGUUAUUUGCUUUGCUGGAUCUUGGUGUGGUGUUGUAUUUUAGGGUAUGUGUGUUGGAAAAGUUCAAAUCAGCAGUGUCACAUUAAUGUGAAGGUUGUGACUUGGUUUCUGAAAUUGCCUUGCAAAUCUGCCUCCCAGUGUUGUGCUGUGGGAAAUGAUUCGAUUACUGUUUUGGUGUACUUUGAAGUGUUGACUUAGAAUUGCAAAUCCUGCAGUGUUAAAAAGGUGGCUCAGAAGCACACAGCACUUCGUGUUGUUCAGACUUCAGGUGGUGGGAAAGAGAAUCAAACCGUACUCUGUAGGACAAUGGUUGGAGAUCCAGUUUAAAACCUGAUUACAUUUUAAAGUGUGUGCCAUGGAACAAGUUAGUUAGCUCAAAAUUAAUACCAUUUCUGACUUGAGCAGGAGGAGUACAUACUGUAUCUAAAUCUGACUCUUUUGCAUAAAGUCUUAAGAAUUUUUAAAGCCUCACAAGCCAUUAACAGUUAACUAAGAGACAAGAUGUAGCAUUCCUGUAUAUUCUUCUGCUUCUUUGGAUGGUAGUUAACAUGUAACUCUGCCUGGCAGUAACUGUGUCCUGUAGUGAUUUUUCAGUCUGUCAGAGCUCUAGCCAUCUUAAACUCUGAAUGACUGCCUGGGGGGCUUGACAGCAGAAAGGAAGCAUCCGCACCAGCACUACUCCCAGGGCUUCAGCACUUGGCACAUGACACCUACACUGAAAGCAACUGUAUGUGAAGCUCAAAGUAUACAGUGUGGAAGCAGACCUGCUUAAAUGGGGCUGCCCCCAAGGAGUAGGAAUGUCUCAUGUUUUAGUAAAAUGGGUUUACAGAAAGCUGACUAUUCUGUGCUUUCUGCUCUUGCUACCUCCUAGAAUCUCUUCUUCUCUGCCCCUGCCCCAAUGUGUUCCACUUGCCAAGCUCACUUCUAAUAUUGUGAGCUUAGCUGAAGAGAAAAAUAGCUGAAAAGGACAGGUCAGAAAAUUAGGGAAGUAGGCAUCAGGAGUAGUUGACACCUCUCAUGCAUGUACCUGCUUUGCUGGGGGCGGGGGGGAGGAUUAUCCAAUACUAGAGGUGACUAGGACAGACCUAGGUUUUAACUAGCCAGCCUACUGUCAUCACAUGUUUUAAUCUGGUGACGGUUUGACUUCCAGCUGCUCAGAGUCCUUGCUGGCCACAAAAAUGUACUGUUCCAGUGGCUGCUUUAGCUGCUGUAGGUAGAAAUGGUUGCAUGAGAAGAGGCACGACUAUGUAGAGCUGUGUUCAGGAGUCAGCUAGGGAAUGAACAAAAGACUUGAUGCCACUGACAAAAAACUUAUUUAGGGAGCGUAAAUGACAUGAUAUUUCUCAAAUAUAGAUCACAUCUAAGUAAAAACCUCUAGUGAUGCUUCAGAAUAGCAUUUUAUGUAGAUCAUACAAAAUCAGAAUCAACUAAAAAAAAAAACUAAUUACAGCAGUCUAGGCAAGAACUUUUGUCCACAGACAGUUUUUCCGUGUCAUGUGGCCAAGCCAGUAAAGCGGGAUGAGUGCCGCAACCCCAGAGUCGUCCACGACUGGACUUUACAGUCAGGGGUCCCUUUACCUUUACCUUUACCUUAGGCAAGAACUUAAAGAUCUGAAAUGGAACAGCAGCAGUCUUAACAUUCUGGAAGGUCAAAAGCCUUUCAGAACAAAAUCAUUUUUGCAGGCUUCCAAAAUAAACGGUGUCAGUACAACCUUUCAUACUUGAUCCUUUCUUAUCCUCUGUUGAAACUGAAACACAUUUUGGCUCUGGUAUCAACCUGGAAGCUGUCUGCAGAUAAACUCCGGCUCCCUCGGCCUAUAGAGCGAGAUGAGCGCGCAACCCCAGAGUCAUCCGCAACUGGACCUAAUGGUCGGGGUACCUUUACCUUUAUCAGGAUACUUAAGUUCUUUCAGAUGUGAUAACCACCAACUUAGAAGGCUUUUAAAAAGGAUUAGACAAAUUAAUGGAGGAUAAUGCUAGUCAUGAUGGCUAUAUGCUACUUCCAGGAUCAGAGGUUCCCUAGCUCUUACCAGCCACUGGGAAAAGCAGCAGGAGAAGACUUUUUAUCCUUGUGUCUUACUUAUGAGUUUUUGAUAGGCAUGUGCUCAAUUACUGUGGGAAACGGGAUGCUGCACUGGAUAGGGCUUUAGUUUGAUCCAGCAGGGCUCUUCUUAUGUUCAUAGCUGAUAUUUACUUUACAGUUAGCCUUUAUCUGUGGUCAUUGCUGCUAGGUUUUUGAACUGGCAGCAGUAGUGCUGCACCCGAAGUACAAAAUUUAAACAUACCAAGGCUCUUGGCCAAAACCUAGAAAUAUCUGAACACAUUCUAUUUAAACAGAUGUUCUGUUGUGCUGUCCAUUCCUCGCCUUUAAUGCAAUUUUAUUUACAACAUUAAAUCACCCAGACCCGAACCAAUUCUAGAGGCCGUUGCUUAAGAAUCAGCUGAGGCCUGCUACAUGAAAUUGCUCAUCAUAAUGUUGAUACCAUCAGUUUUGUAAAAGCUGUUGCUCUUUUGCAAGUAUUGCUGUAAUUUGGAGAAGAAAUAUUGCAACACUUGACUUGCAUCACUUGGCACUAGAGCAUCUACAUUAGUUUUGACAUUUCAUGAAGGCCUAGAAAGUUGUUGCAGAGGAAUGCAAAACUUGAUCCCUCCAACCUCCCCCUUCUCCUCCUCCUUUCCCUCUCUCUCCCUCCCGGCAGUGUGCAAGUAUUAUCUCCUAUUUGGAUCAGAUGUCUAAAGGGCAUAGGCUGAAUGGUUCAUAUGUAAAUCUCAUUCCAUUAACAGCCAGCUCCUCCAUAAUGAAGGUUUUCCAGCUGAUGUCUUCAAAACUAUUCUGGUGAACCAUUGCAAAUGUGUCUUUCAAUUGCAAGUAGUUGGGUUGUGAGGAGGAGCAACAUGAUGUAUCAUAAACCUUCACGUUUGAACUCUAUUUGUUAUCCAGCUGCUUAUGUUAGGUGCUUGUCCUUAUCAUACACCUGAUGAUAUGUCCUAUUGUCUCUAUUCAGUGUGCAUGGUGUAGGAAUGAGUGCUAUAAAACCAUCUUCCUCUUCUCUCUGUUGAUUGACAACAGCCACAAAUGGCAGUGCAGCUGCAUGACCAAUAGCUAAGUAUUUGCAAGGAAACACAGAGCUGGGAUCUUUAUUAUUAUUAUUAUUAUUAUUAUUAUUAUUAUUAAUUCAGUUUCUUACCUAUUCUUCACCUCAGUCUCCCAGAGUGGGUUCAGUUUAAAACAAUUGCAGUAAUACAUACAGUGCUUUUUUAUAUAAAAAAAAUGUUUGGGGGUACAUACAUACAUUAUAUAGAUAUGGUGUCAAAGACCAGGUUAAAGAAAUGCAUCUAUUGUCCUUUCACAUUUGCAGGCUUCAAAAUGCUUCACUUCCUCAUAAUCAGUGUUAGCUGCUGUUCCAGGAACAUAGCAAGCUGCUUUUUCCUCUUAGGCCAUUGGAGAAUCUAGCUCACCAUUGUCUACACUGACUGGCAGCUACUCUCUGUGAUUUUAUACGAGGGUCUUCCCCAGCCCUACCUGGAGAUACUAGGGAUUGAAUUGAGGCCUACUGCAUACAAAGCAUGUGCUCCACAACUGAGCAGUGGCAUAUCCCAAAUCAGAAUGGUUAAAGUGUGAUUACAUAAAUCGUGAUUCUGUUCUUCCUGUAUCGGUACAUGUAAAUUAAUGUAUUCCAGAGUAAAUGUAGAUAAACUAUUCCAGAGUUGUUCAAGUGGUCUGAUUUGUGGAUUCUGUUGCCUUGAUCGUUGCUCCCCCUAAAAUCCCUUUAUGUGAGAAUACAGUGUAAAUAGUCUUUAAGCCUUCAGGAUCUGGUAAACUCAGAGAAGGCCAUUUAUCCUGUGUUUAAUGCAGCUCUGGGGGAACAUGAGCUAUAUCAGUGCAACUAAGUUUAAUAUUGUGUUGACAUGUUGAAGUUUGAAACCGUUAUCCUCAGUUGUGAAAAAAUGAUCCUACCUUCUAAAAAGUUUAGAAUAAUCAAUGGGGGGUCAUGAGUAUUGAAGGUUAACUGUUCUUUUCUAGUUUCUUGGUUUUGACCCUGUUGAAUUUCCCCAUCCCCUCUUCAUGUGUAAGCAUGUAACUUGCAGAGAUCAAUUUAUUACUUAAAGAUAAAAGAUAAAGAGGGCAUUUCAUGUCAGAGGCAUCAUGUCUGAGAAGGCUCCCUCUCCUGAAGGUGUGGGCCUUAUAUGAUGAAUAAAUGACUCAUGCAAGCUCAGAUGGAAGAAUUUCAUUCUCCAAGCCCUUAUUGGUAACUUGCAGGACUAACCCAGUGGUUUAAAAUAUUUUUCCUGGCCUUUAUAAAUUCAAGGUUUUAAAAUGGAAGACAGGUAAAGCAGGAGAUUCAUUCCAAGUUCAUUGGACAAAGUUCCAACAAUCAGCUGCUGCCUCUUGGAGCUUGUUUUUUUCCCUUCAUUCCCCCUCCUGCCUUUCCCUUUUGUAAGCAGUAUGCCAUUAAUAUGAUAAAUACUUUUAAAAGACACUUUAGAUACAUGAGUAGGCAGACUAAUAUUUACCCUUUGAGUGCUUUGAAGAAGUGUCAUUUUGUCUUUUUAGACACCCUUUUAUGAAGCUAAUACCAAGGAUAUUUUGACACUUUUACACGUGAUGAGAUGGGACAAAAGAUUGUAAAUAAAGCCAUGUUGUCUAUAUUUUCAAACAGGGGCAAAAUGAAUCAACAGGGAUUCAGUGGAACAUCAUAGAGCACACUACUAAAAGCUUUUAGCAAUUGGAUGGUGGUGUUCUACACCAAGUCUGGAAGAAUUUCUUUGGCUGCCCACUCUUCCAAGCCAAAUAACAGUUUGGGAUCCAAAUACCUGAAGGAACACCUCUCCCUGUAUUAAUCUGCCUAUGCCUUAAGAGCUCCAGAGGAAGCUUUUCUUUGCAUUCCAUUGUUAGGGGAAGUGUUCUCUGUGGUGGCACAUCACUAUACAAGCAUGGCAGACACCAGUGUUCAAAUUUUCUUAGUUGGGCAUCUUAAAGUUUUCUUUGUGUUUGCUUCAGCUCCCUUUUGUUUUUGUUUUUUUUAUAAGCUUUGUUCUGUUUCUUUCUGUUUUUGUCUAUAAGUUGGUGGCUUAAUUUUGUGCUGAACCCACCCUGAGGGAUAUUUAUAUGAAGGCAGUUCUUCUCCAAUUCUAAUAGCAGUCUCUCCAAGGAAAUAUUUAUCUAUGGUUUAGCUUGGAUAGCUUUCACAUAAUAGCUAAAGAAUCUGGAGUUCACACCAGAUUUCUGUGUCUUGGUUCUCUUGAAUUGCUUUUUACUACCUUUGUGCUAUUCUGUCAAGGCCUCUUACUCAGAAGCAACAUUCCUUUAGAAUAAUAUGUACCCAAUUCUCCAUUUUAUCGUUCCUCCAUCAUACUCAAGCUAACUCCAAAUGUUUUAUGAGAACACUAUAAAGGGAAUUUAGCUUAACCUCAGGUGGUCCUCUGAGGUUAAUUUGAGGAGUGGCCCAUUGGUUCAAGGGCAAGCAGUUAUCUCUACAUGAGGAUAAGCUGUUGACUUCUGCAAAUAUUUUAUAAUCCUUGGGGCAUAUAAUGACUCUUUCAGUGUGCAGCUGUUUUCAGUCAUCUAGUGAUUUUUUGUUUUAAACAAACCUCUGCAUAUAAUACAAGGGUAUGAACAGAAUCUAGUUGUGAUGGCUUUACCACCCAUGAUGCGGGGAUACCAGUGCACAUCUCAGCUGAACUGAUAUUGGGUUUGAGUGGCCCUGGUGAGCUUAUCUGAGGGCAGGCAACUGUGCACCAAACAGCUGGGGGAGCAGCUACCAUUUUCAUUUCCCACAAUUCCACCAAAGCAUCAUUGCUAGACUAUAAUAAGCUUUUAUCUGCUGUCAACUUGUGAAUUCCAAAGUAAUCUGACAGUGCACAAGCAUCUUGGACCUAAGUAGGAGAGAAGCCCCCACAGUAAUUCCUUGGAAAUGUAAAAAUAUUUACACUGAUCCAGAAGAUAUUAAAUGUCUUGGGAAAUAGGGAAAUGGAGUGGUUAGUUAUGCCCACUGCCCCAAAGUUAAUGGAUUAAAUAACAGUGUUCUUACCUCUUUACUAGUAUUGAUUUGUUGUGCUUUUCUGCAUAAAACGUAUCAGAACCUGGAUUAUUGAAACUAGAGGCUUCCAAAAUGCAUUUUCUUCCAUGUUAUUACUUUAGCUGACUACAAAAUUGUGUUGAAAUUAAAAUAAAACUUAUCCUUGAAGAGGGCAACCAAUAAAGGAAUAAUAGACAUACCUUGUCAAUUAGAGAAAAUUAAAUGCAUUGUUGUAAUGUGACAGGUUUUAUUAUUAGUCACUAACUUUGAAAAUGCUGCAUUUUGUAGGACUGCAGUUUCAAUAUCUCUUGUGUUUAAGACUGUGGAUAUCUACAGUCAGCUUCAGACUUCUAUAAUCCGGCUUUCCUACAUGUCUUUUCUUUAAUGGCACUUUUCUUUCUAGUGAUAAGCGUGAAAUUCUGCUUGCAAGAGGUUUUUGCAGGCAGUGUAAAACACUUUUCAGAAAGCUGCAUAGAUACCAGAGUACACUGAUGUGUAUUGUCCUUUGCAGCCUCAGUUUGAGGUUCAAAGGUAAACCCUGUACAUGUUCUCCUCCCCACAGAAAUUGUACUCCUUUGCUGUUCACUUUCAAAGAAUGGUGGGUGAGCAGACUGUAAAGCCACUUGCCCCAGCCACAUGCUGUAAGGAAGAUAUCUGAGCAAAGUGCUGUUAGCUUCCUCAAAUAAAAAUGUUAAGGCCUGAAAAAUAUCUCUGCCCACUUCUUUCCCAUUUCCCCCCUCCAUCUUCACAUCUUUGUCAUGCAGCUUAGAGCAUGUAGCUGUUAGGAAGGGAAGGAUUAAAUGGUCUUUGUCCCAAUUGCCUGGAAUAUAAAAUGCACACAACAGGCUGUAAAUUGUGUUCAUUACCCCAAGCAGCCAUGAUCCCCAUGUGAACUCCUGUGAUGCAUACAAUUGCUGAACAGGGAUUGAGGAGCCUCAGGGAACAUUAUGUAAGGAGGCAGCCCAGAUGGGGCUGUUUUUAACCUCUCUUUUUCUUGCUGUCAUGUACUGUGAAGAAGCUCACUGUUACAGACACACUAAAAGAACUUGAGCUACUUAACUGGAAGUUUUGAGGUGUCCCCUAUGUACUCUAAUGGUGUACUCUACUGCUGGAGCAGGUAGCUAAAGAAUAUUUGGCCCAGCUAGCUUACUACAUGUGUCCAGGGAAUGAGGUGGUGAAGUUCAUCACUUCAAUGGUGAUGUCAUCACGUCUUGAAUGGGGUACAUCUGUUUGGUGCAGGGGUAGAAAGACAUUGAGAUCCCUCCCCUUGUGCUGCAAAGAAACUUCUGUGGCAAACUCAUUGGGGUCUAUAGGGUUUGCUAGGUAAUUAAAGUACUUGAAAUAGGUUGGUGCCUCUUUAUUGACAUUUCUUUUGGUUUGAAGUUGGUAAGCUAUCAAGUUACUUCAUAUAUCCAAUCAACUAGUUCUUUAGCAACAAAACCUCUUCACUCUUCUGGGUCUUCUCUAUGCAGCCAUGAACUUCACUAAUCAAAGAUAAUAUCCUGUUAUUGUUCAAUUUGACUAUUACUUUGGAUUAUACCUUCCAGGAUGAAUGGCAGAGGGCAGGGUAGGUAGGUAUGUUUACUCCUUCAUGUGACUUAUGCCUCUAUUGUCAAAUCAUAGCUACCCCCAAAUUCACAUGAAUCUGUCUCAGAACAGCUGAUUAUAUAAAUUAUGUAAACAAUUGAGUUAGUGGCAGGCUCUUACAACUUUGGUUUUAUGCAGAGUAAACUUGAUUAUGUAUCUCUCAGUGUGUAUACACACACAGACAAAUAAAUGUUUCUCACUUUCCACAUGCACGCGCGCCCCCCCAAAAAACUCUUCCUCUACAGUGGUACCUCGGUUGUAAAACGUAAUCCGUUCCGGAAAACCGUUCGUUCAACUUCCGAAACAUCUGACAACCAAGGUGCAAUGGGCGGUCGGCAAAUUCCAUUGAGAAAAUGGAGAAACAUGCCUCGAAGCCGUUCAACUUCUGAGGCACGUUCAAAAACAGAAGCAUUCACUUCCAGAGGUUCUGAUUCAUUUGGCUUCCAAAAUGCUUGAAAACCAAGCUUCCACUGUAUAGCUUUUGCCAUCCGAAUUAAGCUGUAUUGUUCAUCUUUUCUUACUGGUAAUGUAUACCAGUGUCAAAAUCUUUGAAAAUGAAACACCAAUAAUCUGUUUCAGCUGAACUGGUGCUCCAACUAUGGUCAAAUUCAUUGCUUAGGAACUGAAGGAAGGAAGCUUUUGUGGUUCUGUUAAGAAUUGGAUAUAGAGUCACUAUUCAUUAGCAUCUGUUGAGGCAGGAGUGCCCACCCAUGCACAUACUUUGUAGUGUUUCUCUCAGUGUUAAGACACAUCUUGCUGUAAUGUCUUAUAGUUUGAAGUGCACAACAGACCUUUCUUCAUACCCAGUUCCAUACUCAAUUCUGGAUGACAGUAUUGAUCUUCAAGCCUUACUCAAGUUUCUGAGCUGUGUUGGCUGGCCAGCCUCUGAAGAGUGUCUGAAUUAUUGGGUGCACAUUAUUGAUGAAAGAACUCACUUGCUUUUGUAACAAGUCUAGUAUGCAGCACAGUAUGGUCAAGAUGCUGCUGUGCCAUAAACGUCAAUAUUUGUCAGCUUUUAAAUAAUCCUUCCUUCAAAAUUCAUGGCAACAAACAAAUAAGAAAUUAUACACACACAGGGGGAGAGAGAGAGAGAGAUGUUUGUAUGCAGUUAAACACUGAAACAUUAUUUAAAUUUGGUGGAUUGGUAUUUUUUAAACUAAAAUUGCUAGCAACUGAUGGCCUUCACACUCUGGCAGAAGGGGUGGGGCAGGUCUCUCUAGGCAGGAAAUUCCAAAGUCUGGGUAUGCACACUCAAAAAGACCCUGCUCUAGUCCUAAUCAACCAUGAUUUUGGAACACAUAAAAAUACAGUGGUACCUUGGUUUAUGAACUUAAUUCAUUCCAGAAGUCCGUUCUUAAACCGAAACCAUUCUUAAAUCAAGGCAUUCUUUCCCUAAUGAGGCUUCCCACUGCCGGUGCCCUUCUACCGUUCGGCUUCUGUUUGUACACCAAGAUAAAGUUCAUAGACCGGGACACUACAUCCGGUUUUGCAGAGUUCAUAAACCGAAUAGUUCAUAAACAGGGCUGUUUUUAAACCAAGGUACCACUGUACCCAGCUACCUACUUGGCCAUGGGUUAUAACUGCAGACAUCUCUGAACAGAAACGCAGGGUUCAGGAGAAAGCAUGAAGUCAUAAUAGCCUGUAGUCUGUUCCAUUAGUGGUGGAGAGGAGGGAGUUCCUUGUCUGACACAGUGCUCUGUAAAGCUUCUGGAACAGGCCUCCAUCGCCUUCCAGAAGACAACUGCUUCACACCUGGUGUUUUUACCUGGCUGGAAUGUGUCCUUGAAAUCUCAGGAUGGCUGUUGCGUGCCAUGAUGGAGUACAGAGAGAUGUGUCAGUGUAUGUAGGUACUACCCUACAUUACAAAAGUAAAGCUUACAUUUGUUGCCCUGGGCACACUUGCUUCUGACCCUGCCUGCCACUGGCAUGUGACCCAUGGAACAUUUCCCAGAAGGGAGUGCAACCCUUGGGCUGAAAAAGGUUCCCCAUAUUUAGAUACUUGAAAAAAAUAUUUGAGAAUAUCUGACAAGCUAGCUGGUGGGUGUUCUCUCUUGAUGAGUGAUAUGCCUGCUCAGUGCUACUCCAGUGUGUGUUCCUUAUUCCCAGUUGUUGUUGUUUAAGUAAAAUUACCCUAACGAGCAAAGGAAAAUGUAAGGAAAUGGAUAAGAGGGGGGAUAAAUAAGCAACCAGUAUUCAUUUGGUUUCAUUUUGCAGUCCAUGGAACCUCAUAAAGACAAAAGCUAACUAUAGGCAAAAUUACUAAACCAUCCUUGAGUGUUGUGAUUAGAAACUUUGAAUCAUCCUUAAACACCUCUCUAUUAAAGUGGCAAGUCUAUGCAUUUCAGACUCCCUGUAGCAGCAGAGGAUGCUGCUUCCUGUUGUUCCAAGCAAAUCCUGUUUCAAGUACCGUGGGGAACAAACAUCCUUUUACAGCCCAUAUGUUGCUGUAUUCAUUUCCUUGUAGAAUACAAUCAUUAUGUAGGAGAAUGUUUUCCAACUAGUAGUUGUCUGAAGUAUGGUAUCAGAGUAAUAUGUUGAAGUUUUCUAUUGAAAUAUUGAUCUGAUGCUUCAAACUUCUUAUCCUUGUCUCUCUAUAUUAGUGCAGAGUGCAGAGAAGUAUAUAUCUAGAUAAGGGUUGGUGCCUUCAGUAAGCCUUUGUGGAAUGCAUAGUUUAUUAAAUGUAAAUGAUAGCUUUCAUACUCCAAUCCUGUCUAUAUAAUAAAACAAAUCCAAUAUAUAAGUAAUAACAGUACUAGAGUAUAAUUUAUAGACUUACUCAAAUUCAUGAAUAUGCCUUCUGGUCAUAAGAUGGAUCUUUUAAUUAUGCAUCUACUUUAUUUGGCUCCUUUACUUCUUUAUAACUCACCCUUCUGUAAGAAUAAGGAGGCUUAAUGAUGAAAAUAAACAGCAUCAAAAACAAAAAUAAAACCACCAUACAAAAUACAGCAAAACAAUAGCAAGCACGACAUUAUAGAAAUGGUGUCACUCCUACUACUACCUGGCCUGCCAGAACAAAUAGAUUGUGAACUGCCUCUUGAAUGAAUUUGGUGUGGGACUAUGACUGCUGUCCUUGUAGACUAAGGAUUGUGAACAUAAUAUGAGUGAUGCUGAAAGAAGGAAGAGUAGCAGAAUCCCUUCCUAUCUACCUGAUCCCGAAACUAUUUGACAGUUGGUUUGAGGCUGUCCUGAAGAACCUAAUGAGCCGUGCUGGAUCACACCAAAAGGCCUGUUUAGUCAAACUUCUUGUUGAAACAGGUGCUUGUGGAAAGCCUGCAAGCAUACACAAGUGCAACAGCAUUCUCCCCAUGUGUUUUCCAGCAGCAGGUAAACACAGUGCUAGUAGCCAUUGAUAUACAAUUGUUUUCAUGUAUUUGAGGAUUACACUUAAAAUUAUCCAAGUGUAGAGGCUAAUCUUGGGGGAAAGUUACAAUUCAGAUUCAAGUUCUUCAAUAACUUUCAGAUGGAUGCCAUUCAGAUCCGGUUAUUUGUCAAUUCUUAAUUUGUCAGUAAGGCGUAGAAUUUCAACUCUUGGCAGUGCUUAACAACACAAACUCACCAACAGCAUACAAUUCAAUAAGGCUAACUUAACCCAACAACUCCCCCCACAAUGCACAAACAAAUCUCACUGCAGCCAACCAAAGACAAUCAACAACACUCUAGACCACUCCGACCUCUCUCACCACUAAGGAAACAUAACAAGCGAAUAGAAAGAGAACCUACCCAAGUGACACUGACACAAAACCCCACACAUACACUAAAAGAACAUAAGCUUUACCACCACCCCCUCUCUUCUGCCCCCCUUUUCUUCCCAACCCUAUACUGCAUAUAGCACUAAUGUCUCAAAACAAAUGUAACUGAUCUGCAGAAAGAAACAAUACAUAUGCUUUUAUAAACGAGGAAAAUCUUUAAUAAUUUUUUUUUAAAAAAAAAAAAAACCUUGGCAAUGCUAUUUUCCUCAGUUCCUCCGAAUUGCUCCCUGAUAAAUUUAAUUCUGGUGCUGGGAUCUGCUCUACAUCUUAUGCUGUAAAGGCAGAUGCAAAGAAUCCAUUCAUGGAAAUCCUCUUUUCCUCCUUUAGCAUACCUUUGACUACUUAUUUGUCCAAUCAGCUUCCAUGCUUCUAAUGUAUUUAAAGUUAGUGUUAUUUGCUCUUUGUUUUUAGUGAUGUGCAUCUCAAUUUCUUUUUUUGCACCCCUUAUUGCAUUUGCUUGCAUUUCUUUUGCCAAAAUUUGUCUUCCUUUUUGCUCUCCUCAUUUUCCUUUCUCUCAUAGCUUCCUUGCCUCUACUUGUUAACUAUUCUGGCAUCCUCUUGGCUCUGGUUGUACCUUUUCCAUCAGCAGGUAUAAGGGAAGAAAAUAAGAACCACAAAAAUGAACAUGGCAUGAGUUUGUAUUACCUCUUGUAAAAUUUGGUGGUGGAUAAACACGAAAAUCAUUGCUAAUACUGUACCAGAAUCACUAGAAACACUUCUAUUUAGAACUAGAUGAAAUUAUCAAACAAAGAAGAGGCACCUUAUAUCUAGCACCAGACUGGCCACCUUAUCGGUACACAACUAAUAAUAGGAUCAUAGCUGCAAAGUUGAGUAGCUUAGUUCUCAAAUUCUUUAUGUAUAGAUACAAAGCACUAGAUAUACUUCAGCCAAUAAAUACCAGGAAAAAUAAUGAUGAUAACAUGGUGUAUUUGGGGGUGGGUGGGUGAUGGUGGCUAUCAUAUGAGCCUCUGGCCUGAUCUAGCAAGCUGUUCCCAUAUUGUACCAGCAUGGCAUGUGACUCUGAUGUGAGUGUACAUUAGUUAUAUACCCCACCUUUCACCUUAAGAAGCUCAAAGUGGUGUGCACAACACAGUUAUCUGUGCAACAGUUGAUGCAAUACAACAGUUCAAGAAAGUUGAUGAGAGUAGAAAAGCUGACCCAGCAGGCAAAGGGUUGGGCUAGAAUGUAUUUGCAUGGAGUGCUUUAUGUGAGUAUCAUUCAAAAAUGUUUAUUCCGCUACAGUAUCUGUAGUCUGAAAUAGUAAUCUAUUCUAGACUUCAUUCCAAUCUAAUUCUUCUGCAUGGGUAGAUCCACUUAAACACCUAUCUGUUAGCCUGUGCUUAUUUAACUUUAUACUGUGAGAUUUGUAGAGCUAGUAGUCAACAUACUCUUGCACUUGAUCUGCUUUUUCUCCACUCUUUCCUGCCUCCCGGUUCAUAGUCAUAUACUAUCCAGCUUGUGGAUCACAAUACAGUUGUUGUUUGUUUAUUUAUUUAAAUGAUUUAUAAGCUGCCCUUCAUAAAGUAAACAAUCUCAGGGCAGGGUACAUUGAAACUAAUGAAACAUAUUCUGAGAUAAAACAUGUUUUCUCCCUCCAGCCAUUUGCCUUUUUUCAUUUCUAUAACUGCAAGGUGGUUGUCUGUGGGCAUUCCACAUAUAUAGUGAUAACUGAAACGUCCCUUAGGCUGUAUCUUCAGGUUUCUGAUGAGUGAAUGUGUGUGUGUCAAGUGAUAAGGAAAUACUGACAGCUGUUUCUGUACGUCACUUGGGUCAGCUGGUUUGUAUGAUCUUACAUGUUGGUGGUUUAUAUAACAAAAUUUUAGAGAUGAGGAAAACAAAGUUAACAAAUUGCCUACUAUUGUUCUUUUCUCACAUUUAAGUGGCUUUAAAAUAAAUGAAUAUUUAAUGUAUUUUUGUUGCUUUUGUUAUCUACUCAUGCUGGCUUCUGUUAUGUAGACUGAAAAGGUACCUUUCUGAAAUACUCAUGCUGUCUGAGAGCCAGUGUGGUGUAGUGGUUAAGAGCGGUAGAUUCGUAAUCUGGGGAACCGGGUUCGCGUCUCCGCUCCUCCACAUGCAGCUGCUGGGUGACCUUGGGCUAGUCACACUUCUCUGAAGUCUCUCAGCCCCACUCACCUCACAGAGUGUUUGUUGUGGGGGAGGAAGGGAAAGGAGAAUGUUAGCCGCUUUGAGACUCCUUCGGGUAGUGAUAAAGCGGGAUAUCAAAUCCAAACUCUUCUUCUCUUCUUCUUAAGUCCACAUUGUGUCUAAGGGAAGGCACAUAUGUUAAAUUUGUGUUAACACAUAUGUAUGCUUCUUGGGAAACAGGGAUUGCCUGCAGCUGCUUGUCAAGCUUGCAGUCAGUGGCAAAUGUAAGUUUGCUGCCAUGUAAUGUAUGCAUUGACUUAUGUGGCUGUUUUUGUAAGAAUAUAUUUAAGGAACUUAAAGUACAGUAGCUUAUAACCACUUAUGUUGAUGUGUUGUUCAGAACUUUGUGUAUUCAGGUAUAUGGCCCACAACAAAUACAGUGCUGUGGUCUCUAAAAUACCUAAAAUGGGUCAAAGAAACAUCAACUUGCUUAGAGGAAUCUUCAGCAAAUAUUCUGUUACUUCUCCUGUGCCUUAUGCAAGUCUACAGAUUGCUGAUAUCCUAAGCAUUCACAUCUACCAAUGUUGUUUUGUAAGGUCGUCGAUAUUUCAGUGAGCUCUAGUUACGGCCAAACUAUAUCUUCUUAUGAAGUGAAGCUGUGGUCCAUCAGCUGUUGCUUCCUCCUCCUUUUACAAUACAAAACAAACCAUUAUAUGAAAGUAAAGCUGCUGUUAAUGUCCCUGUGAUGACAGGAUUUAUUGUGAGGCAAGAAUCCUAGUGCAUUAGCACUUUUCUCCAGAGGCUGUUGUGGAUGAGCCUCUUGGCUUAUUCUCUGUCAUCUGCAAGUCCCAAAUUCAAUCCCAGAUCUGCCUCCAGGGUCCUGGAACAGUGCACCUUCUGGUCUGAUUAUGUCUGGUAUUUGAACAGCAAUCUGCUGAUUUUAAAAAGCCAGUUAUACUUGCAUUUAUUUUAAAAAUGUACUUACUGAUUUAUUUGUGUCUACCUAAAUGACUAAUUCAAAAGAACUAAUUCUAAUAGUCUUUUCAUAACUCCUGGUGGUGUAUCUUGUUGUAGGGGCUUUGUCAGACAAUGUUACAAGUCUACCCCUGUUACUGGAAAUGCACAUUUUUAUUAUCUAAAAUGCUCUGAGUAGGGUUUUUUGUUUGUAAUUAUGGGAUAUGACUACUUUAAUACUUUAACAAUCACAACAUCUGCUAGUGAAAAUAAGAUUACAAAUAAAUGUAAACAUCCCAAACUACCAGCAAAUAAAGUACUAGACCCCAGUGACUUUCCCUAAUAGAAAAUUCUUGUAGCCCCUUCUGGAAGCAAUCGGAAAGGUGCUCUGGCAGAUCUUUGGGAAGUCAUUUAACAGCCCCAAGGCGACCAUUGAAAUAACUCAUCCAAUGAUGGGACCUGAAACAAGGCACUAAAUGCUGAUUUUAAUUAUAUAGGAGGCUGGUACUUACAGGGAGAAGCAGUCCCAUAUAUCUUUCUUCUAUGGCGAUCACUCAUAGCCAAGUAAGAUUGUCUUCCAUGAAAACGGUCUUAACAGUGAGUCCGUAAGUGACUGUGGAAGCCAAUUCUGAUAAUAAUUACUUUUCAAUUACAAUCCAAAAAUAACCUCAUUAUAACAAUACCAAUUUAUAAUACAAUUACUAAUACCAGUCGUUCAAAUACUGAAUUAUAUACAGUGGUACCUUGGGUUAAGUACUUAAUUCGUUCCAGAGGUCCAUUCUUAACCUGAAACUGUUCUUAACCUGAAGCACCACUUUAGCUAAUGGGGCCGCCCGCUGCUGCCGCCGCGCAAUUUCUGUUCUCUUCCUGAAGCAAACUUCUUAACCCGAGGUAAUAUUUCUGGGUUAGCGGAGUCUGUAACCUGAAGCGUAUGUAACCCGAGGUACCACUGUAAUUUAGAUAAGGUGGUUUGAUGGUUUUCUUUAUUUCUGCAUUCCAAAAUCUUGUUGUUGUUGUUUAGACGUUUAGUCGUGUCCGACUCUUCGUGACCCCAUGGACCAGAGCAUGCUAGGCACUCCUGUCUUCCACUGCCUCCCACAGUUUGGUCAAACUCAUGCUGGUAGCUUCGAGAACACUAUCCAACCAUCUCGUCCUCUGUCGUCCCCUUCUCCUUGUGCCCUCCAUCUUUCCCAACAUCAGGGUCUUUUCCAGGGAGUCUCUCUUCUCAUGAGGUGGCCAAAGUAUUGGAGCCUCAGCUUCUGGAUCUGUCCUUCCAGUGAGCACUCAGGGCUGAUUUCCUUAAGAAUGGAUAGGUUUGAUCCCACUGUGAAUGGUUCAUUUUGAGAGCCAUUGUAAGCAGUCCCAUAAAUAUGUGGGUCCAAGGGUAUGAAGAGUUAGAUUCUAACAAUCAGCUGCUUGUCAGGGCUUGCAGGGGUGAAAACAAGUCACCUGAUGUCAUUGUGAUGCCAGGCGAUUGACAGAUAUCUUCGCACCCUGUCAGUUGACCUGCAAGCGGGGAGGGACUUUGAAUUGAUACCGGAAGCUAACUGGUAUUCAGGAUAAUCAUAGUGGGGUUGGUUGCAUAUGCUCCUGCCACUCUCCAUGCUCUAGGAGAUGAACAUUUUGUACUAGCUGAAGUUUCUAAGCUGUCUUAAAGGCAGCCCAUGUGGAACACAUUACCAUAAUUCAGAGCUUUCCAAACUGUGUGUCGUGACACAUUAGUGUGUUGGCUGCAGUGUCUGGGUGUGUCGUGCAAUAUGUGACCAUAUAUCUUAUAAGGGGUUAGUUUUACCUCUGGUUUGCUAGUAAAACUGAAUUACUGUGUUGCAAAAUGAUGCAUAUCUAAAAUGUGUGUCACCAACAUGAGAAGUUUGGAAAGCUCUGCCAUAGUUGGUCUAAGAAGUUAGAAGAAUUGGAGUUUGGGGAAAGUUAUUCCUUCUUCAAUAAUGGAGUGUGGUCUAUAGCUGUUACCAGUUCUUGUCACGGGCAUCUUCUGCCUCUACUUCAGGGGUGUCUUAUAGUCCAAGAGGGCAUACAGGCAAUGAAACUGUUCUAAUGAGCUAAUACCAGGUCUAUCAUUCUCUUGCUGGAUCACUGUUUACUGUCUUUGGUUUUUUAUAUUGUGUAUAAACUCCUUUAGCCUUUACAAGACAGCAUAAUAGCUGGAUCUAUUAUUUUCCCAAUGUGGGAGCUUCCUGUGCAAAUAGUGACUCUGUUUUGCCUCAUAUGUAAUGCAGCCUUUGAAACACAGUGUUGUUAAUUGUCAACAGAUUGAGCAAAGUACAAUGUAAACAGAUCAUAAGAACAACUUUGAGAUGGGCAGCUGCAGGUGACCAUUUUCCUUUUUCCUUAUAUAGAUACAACUGAAAGCUUGCCAAGAAUUGAGAUUAUUACUUGACUACAGCAAACAUAGGUGUAGGGCCUGGUAGAUGCAAUAACUUUAAGAGUUGCUGGGUGUAUUUGCGCAUGAACAGAUUCACAACCUUGUGCUUAUGACUUUUGCUUUAGUUGUGCUAAAAGUUGGUAAAUAACAAUACGUAUAAAGAGCUUAAAGGGCCCCAAAGUCUUAAUAAACUAACUCCUGUUUAAUUACAAAUUCAGUAUGACUAGAGAAGCAGAGUUGGAAUGUGGGCUAAGCUGAAAACAGCUCAGACCGGUUUUCUGUGCCUUGCCAAUGCAGCAGUUCCAGCAGGAUAUGGACAACAUCAUUGGUGUUCAAUGCAGUGCCUGCAUUCCUACCUUGCCCUCUAGAUAUGUAGUUACCAAACAGAGUUUCAUACUUGGUGGAUAACUAAGGCCCAAUUCUGACUUUAAUUUCUUGGUAUCCUUUUGGGACAGACAUAGGGAAACAGAGAAUUGCUACAGGCAUGAGAGUUCCUCGUGCUCCAGCAGUGAUUAGACACACAAAUCUUGGUCCACUAGAUUCAGAACAGGCAAAAAAGGAAGUGUGAAAUAACACAUUCACUACUAUAUGAUGUGUUGAUGGCCACUAACUUGAAUCCUUAUUUAAAGGGUUAUAAACAAAUGAUUGAGGAGACCUUUGUUGACAUUUUUAACCAUGAUCAUUAAAUGAUACUUGCAUGUUCAUAGACAAUAUUCCACUGAAAACUAAUUGCUUGAAUGGGAAGGGAUAACUGCUUUCAAGUCCUGAUUGAUGGAUUUCCAGCGGCAUCUGGCCAUUGUCAGCACAGUGAAAUCCAUUACACUUCAUUACUGGAUGGGCCCCAUUAUAUUACUGAAUCAGGCACCCUGCCGGAGGGUGUAAAGCCAGGGCUGCCCUGCUACAGGCACAGGGCUCUACUCCUUGCCAGCUUUCUACCAUGUGCACACGAUACCACGACUGCAGACCAGCUUCUGCCUUCCAACUUGGUCAGAGAACCCCUCCCACAAUCAACUGGCAGCUGAAUAUGGGCUGUAGGAGUGGAGACAGCAGUGACACCUGCUGGACCCUGGACUCCCCAUUCAGUGAAGGCUCAAAUCCAGCAGGAAGAAAUCCAUCAGAUGAUGCUCUUGUGAUCAUGACUUAUAAGCAGGGAUGUUGCAAGAGUGUUUAGCAGAGGAGUUUGAUGGGGAUGCCCAGAGUGCUGUCUUACAGUGUCUUACAGUGUGACCUGAAACACCUGUGCUAUGUUUGUCUUCCUGACUGAGAACAUGGAAAACUACACCUGCAGCAAGUGCAAACUGGUUGCCUUGCUGGAAGAGAAGAUAUAGCAACUUGAGGCCCUCCUAUCCACACUUCAUGCUAUCGGGCAAGAUGAAGAAAUUCUUGCUAGACCAGAGUGUACUGUCCUGGAAUAGAGAUGCAGGUAGAGUGCCCUUAGGGGGGAGGAAGAUCUCCCAAUGCAGGAGACGAACCCCAGGAGGAACAAAAAAGCAGGACUGUCGGGAGCUAUGCCAUGUCAAGGGUCUGGAAACAAAACCCUAUGAGGAACUGUUGAGGAAAUUGGGUAUGUUUAGCCUGGGAAAGAGGAGACUGAAAGAAGAUAUGAUAGCCAUCUUCAAAUAUCUAAAGAGCUGUUACAUGGAAGAUGGAGCAAGCUUGUUUUCUUCUGCUCCAGAGGCUAGGUCCUGAAUCAAUGGCUUCAAGUUACAAGAAAGGAGAUUCUGACUAAACCUAAGUAAGAACUUUCUGACGGUAAGGGUUGUUUGACAAUGGAACAGACUCCCUCGGUAGGUGGUGGACUCUCCUUCCUUGGAGGUUUUUAAGUAGAGGUUGGAUGGCCAUCUGUCAUGCAUAUUUAGUUUGAGAUUCCUGCAUUGCAGGCGGUUAGACUAGAUGACAUUCAGGCUCUCUUCCAACUAUACAAUGAUACGGUUCUAUGAUUCUAUUAUUAUGGUUUAGCAUUAUAAUUAAAACUUAAUAUUUUUCAAAGCCAGGGUUCAAAUCCCUACCCAUUGGAUGACCUUGGGCCAGUUACUGUUUCAGCCAAACUUACCUCACAGGAUUGUUGUGAGAAUGAAAUUGGGAGGGGGAGAACCAUGUACACCAUCUUUUGUUCCUUGGAGGAAAAGAAGAAUAUAGAUGUAAGAAAUAAACAUUUGCAACCAUAGCUUAGAAAGAAAUAUGUUUUUCCAUUUGUCUGUUGGUAGUUAACAACUUAUCAGGCCCAGGGCUUUUUCAUUUAGCACCAACCUGCAACAUUAAAACAACUUUUAUCAUACUCUUAUAUCUUGUUAGUCUCUUUCUCUGUGCCUUGUUUUGUGCUCUCUCCUAAUUUUUUGUCUUUUGCUCUCUCUCCCCUUCUUCCCAUCUCUUAAAUGAUCAUGGAUCUGCUGCAGUGACCCAUAUUUGGAUGGAGCAUAGCCCCAUUGUGUCUUCCACAUAGCUAGACACAUUAAACCACAUUUGUGUAAUUUCCUGCCACUGAAUUGAGCCUGGCAUGCCAGACAUGAAGCCACUUUGGCCUAGUGGGUGGAGAGCUGGACUAGAACCUGGGAGGCCAGAAUUCAAAUUCCGACUCCAUCAUGAAGCUCAGCCUAGCCAACAAGGUUGUUGGGUUGAAACUGAGAAUGCGGGGACAGUAUAUGUUGCCUAAAGCCUCAUUGAAGGAAAAGUGGGAUAUAAAUGUAAUAGUAAAUAAAUGGUAAAAUGGUAAACUUUUUUGUUUUCAUGCCUGAGACUGCAACAUUUUCAGGCAUCUGAUAGGCUACAAUUACGUGGCUAGUGGUUUGCAUUUUAUCUUAGAGUGUCAUGUUGGGUAGACCUGCUAUAAGCAAUAGAAUCAAACUGGUUUGUACAUUGUCCACCAACAGAGCAUAUCCAUGUGACUGAAUGCUUGAACUUCAGUUUUUAAUUUCAUACUUUGAUCCAAUGGUCUUUCUCACCGAAAACUCUUUAAUAUGUAAAUUCAUAAUGUCCAGCCCAGGGAGAUGUGGAUGGCACAUAAACUAGAAACAGAGUAAAUAACAAAUCAAAAAUGUAGCAAUAUAGUGAAAUAAAGUAACACAACUCCUAAUAAGAUCAAUCAACAGACUGGUGCUUCUCAGUAUGCAUAUAAAUAUAUGGAUAUUCACAGUUUGUUUGCUGAAGAAAACACCAAUGUUUCCCUACAACUGUUGUAAAGAUGGGAGUUUAAGGGGAGGCAGUUAAAGCACUCAGGUAUUUAAAGGCUGACUUUCAGCAGUAUCCCAAAAGCCUCUGUGCAAUAGUGCCACCCAGUGGCACAAACAUGUCAGUUUCUGCCUUAUUCAUUUGAAAGUUUGUUCAGUGUUAUGUAACAUACAUGGUUGGGGCAGUUGAGCUGUACUCCACCUCAUGAACUUGUCUGAACAAGCCUGAUGAUUUCAAAAGUGAAAUACUUGCUGCUGAAAUGAGUUCCUUUUUGUGAUACGAUUCCUUAUGAUACAUUGUAAUCAACUGUUUAUAAAAGCUGAAGAGCGUUAGUGUUCUGGAAUGCAAAGCAGAAGCAGAGGCUGGUUGCAUCAUUGACCCUGAUGUCUAGUGUAAUUGUGAAGGAGUUGCACUGACGGCCUUAAUAUUUUAAGAUCAAGUAGUGAUACUGCUGCUGGCCUGAGAUUUGUAUUAUGGAAGCGUUGCAUUCAUGGACAGUCCAGCACUGUGAAGAUUUACCUAAAUAAGAAGGAAAGCCUUUCACACUGACUGGAACCUUUCCUUAUAUUUGCAUAGGGUCAAACUAUAAAUUAUGUUAAUUGUAUCAUUGCAAUUCUCGUCUACUUUUUCACAUUUAAAGAGAAGAUGCAAGGGGGUGGGGUUGGAACCAUGGCACACAAUGAGGGGAUUUAGCUCUUCCCCUCAUACCCCAAGGUAUUGAUUUCCCCAAGCUGCUAAUAGGUUUGGAGAAAGGAAGCUUCAUUUGGCACUAAAGGAAAGCUUUCACAAUUAGCAUCAUGUCUGGCUUGGCCAAUGAUAUCACUAUGAAUUAAGUCCGGCCCAAAUAGUGACUGAAAUACUAUGAAUUAAAAAGCAGCCAACCUGAAGGCCUAAAACUAUUCCUUCCUAGGAAACUGAAAUAUUUGUUCAGCUUUGGGCUGGGCAGCUGCUUAGGAAUUGGCAAUAAAUAUUUUCUCUCUCUGCCAGGGCAAAGAACUGUGCUACCUUUCUAUUGGUACAUAAGGUAGCUACAGCAAUGUAUCUUCCAACGUGGGGGAGGCUGAAUAAGGUUGCCCCAUUUUUGUGACUUGUUGGGUUACUUCUGGGUUUGGGCCGGUGCUUGUAUGUGUGGUUGCACACAUAUUGAAUAAGCGUAAUCAGUUGCUACCUGUAUAUUAAAAACAGCUUUAAAGAGUUCAAUUACAAAAAUAACAGAGUGGGCCCUGAAGAUAUACCAUACUUUUCCAUGUAUAAGACAGGGUUUUUUUACUGGAAAAUUAUGUUUAAAAUAGGGGGUUGUCUUAUACAUGGGUAGUGCCCAGGGGGGACAUGGGAUUGGUUGAUGGCGCGAGCCAGAGAUGGUCUGCAGAGUGUUAUUGGUGUCUGCAGCAAGGGAUGUUGUUGAGUGGGUGUCGCUGUGGCAAUUGGGCAGGCAAUAGGCUGCUUCUGCUGGUGAGGGGACAGACGUUAGGAAGCUGUUGCGACAUGUGCGAGUGUUAGCGUCGGCCAUGUGGGUGAAUGAUUUUUGGCAACACCUCCCCUAAAAAAAGUUCAAGAACUCUGUGCAAUCCUCCACAAAAAAAAGCUCCACAACUCUGGGCAAUCUCCCCCCAUUUUCUUAAUUUUUAGUCCCCCAAAAUAGGAGUCAUCUUAUACAUGGGGGUAUGUUAUACACGGAAAAGUACGGUACAUCUCAGAUUGAGCCUGAGGAUUUUUAAUCAAUGGCUGUAAGUUGCUUUUUUUCUGUAAACAAAAGUAGUCAGGUUGUCUUGUCAAACAGGGUUUUAAUAGAAAUGACAAUAUAAAACAAAAUCUUUAUUUUACAUUCUAAGAAUAUAUGUGAACUGUUGUAAGUCAUGUGGGAGUUUGCCAAUGCAGGUGUGCAACUUAAAGGCUAUUCUUUGGAAAUAAAUGUUUUAACAUGUUUAUUGGGGGAUACUGUGGUAGGCUAAGUGCCCAGAAUGUUCCAGAAGCAUAGACUGCUCCUGGGCUGAACAGGAAGCAAAUUUUCAUUAACAGUUGGCAAUCUGUAACUCAGGGUUGGCAGCCUGUGGCUAGAUGACGACAUGUGCCCUUAGCCUACUUUCAUGUGACUGGAGCAGUGGGGAAGGGGAUUAUCAAAAGAGAAAUGGCCUUGCCUACUUUCAGCUGUGGUUCCAUCCACCACUGGCUUGUGUCCAUCAACAGAUUGCCUCCAAUGGAAUGCAGUCCCCACCCUUGUUAUAACUUAUUUGAGACCUGAGCUAGCUGUAGAUACUAGAUCAGGGGUAGCCAACAUGGUGCUUCCCCAGAUAUUGUUUGACCUCAUCUCCAGCCAGUGUAAGCUAUGGUCAGGGAAGAUGGGAGGUGUGGUUCCACAGCAGCUGGAGGGCACCACACUGGCAACUUGCACACUAGAUAGUUGGAGGAUAUUAAAAUAGGAGUGUGUCGCCAACUAUACUGGCGAGACACAGGACAGAGUUUUCUGGAGUUAGGGCUGCAUCCCAGUAGUACUUGGUUGGCUGGCAUCCAUCUGUCACUAGACAAUGGAGGAGUGCGCCUUCGGGGGUGAAGUAAUAAUAAUAAUAAUAAUAAUUAUUAUUAUUAUUCAUUAUUUAUACCCCGCCCAUCUGGCUGAGUUUCCCCAGCCACUCUGGGCGGCUCCCAAUCAAGUGUUAAAAAAACAGUACAGCGUUAAAUAUUAAAAACUUCCGUGAACAGGGCUGCCUUCAGAUGUCUUUUAAAGAUAGGAUAGCUGCUUAGUCUAACCUUUGGAGAGUUACAGCAUGUUUUGUUGCAGCUGAGGCAGAUGAAGAUAGCCAGUUCACUUUCCUUGAAAGAAUUUUUCCUCCAUGGUUCAUUCUUUACAGAGAAAAUGAUAUUUUUAGUGUGGGGUGUGUUUAGUGUGUUUGGAUCAAGUUAAAGAAAUCAUAUGUAAAAAUUAGUUUUUGAAGCAAGCUGUUGAAAAGUUUACUAUAUAUUUCAAAGUCAGACUGCUUAUACUUAAAAUCUUCAUUUCUUAUGCGACCUGAUAGGUUUGAAAGCAUGUGUCCCUGGAAACAGUGAAUCAGUGGGAUUUCUUUCUUCAAUUAAAGGAAGUGGUGCUUGAUCUCAUGUGGGGCAGGACCAAUUGCCAGCAGUCAGCUUCCUGUUUGAAGUUUGUUAACAAUGGACUAAUUAAUAUGCAGAUUAAAGCAUUGGGAGGAACAGGAAGAAAAGUGACCAGCUGAGACCUUAUUAGUGCAAUAUCCAGGUCUCCAAGGAUAUUGACACAGAUGUGUGGCAGGGAAAUGAAAUCUCUGUGUCAACACAAUUGAAUAUGUAUGAAGUAUUUUGGUAUACUUGCUAAUAACAAAGCUGCCUAGUUAGAAAUAGAACUCAUUGACCUGGCAUUUGACAUGCCAAUAGCGCUGAAAAGUUAUUGUUAAGAUGGCAGCAACAUGACUAUAGUAUGAAUUGUUUUUGAGAGUUGAAUGCUACCUUUUGGUGGUGGAUAUGGCUGUGGCGGGAAGUUAAAUAGCAUUUCCAUGCGCUCUGGCACUCGUCACAGUGUCCUGUUGUGCCAGAAGUAGUUUAGUCAUGCUGGCCACGUGACCCGGAAAGCUGUCUGUGGACAAACACUGGCUUCCUCAGCCUGAAAAGAGAGACGAGCACUGCACCCCAUAGUCACCUUUGACUGGACUUAACCAUUCAGGGAUCCUUUACCUUUACCUUAUGGUUGUAUGUCCUUUUGCUUGCAUACAAAAACUGUAAUGUAAAGCUGUAAUGUGCAGAUCUUGGCCACAAUCAGAUGCAUCCUCUGAAAUUAAGCUUCAAAAUGCAGAUAUCAGACUCUGUUGAGGUCCAUGUCCCAAUGAUCCACCAACAGGUUCUCUGGUCAGUUGCCGCUGCUAGCUCAAAAUCUAGAUUUUUUUGGGUGGCAUUCAACUAAUGAGUAGACCUUAUGAAAUGAAUGAACAUGUUUGAGUUAGGUCCUUAAUUUCAGUGGGUCUAGUCUGAAUGUAACAUACCUGAAUGCCACUCCUGGCCUUCACAUUUCAGUAAUAAUACCUAGACAAAAUACACUGUACUCAAAGUGAGGGUACAAAUCUUAAGUGGAUGAAUUCAACAUCAAGUUGAGGGGGGGAAAUGUAAACAAUUGGUAGUGUGUGUUUUUUUACAAUCAAGUAGUAUAUAAAUUUUGUUGUAGUAGUUUUUUAAUUUAACGUUAUGCUAAAUAUGGUGAAGAAAUUGUAUUUAACUAGAAGUAGGUCAGUUUGACAAACAACUCUUGGUUCCUCAUUCCUCACAGCUAACUUUUUUUGUGUUGUAAGAGACCUAAAUGUCCUUGCUACCAGAUAAAUGAUAAUUGUCUGUUUAUUGCUCUUCUGAGUUGCUUGUUUUGUAUAUUAAAACUUACUAUGCUACUACCACAAGCAUCAUUCCCCCAAACACUUGGUGUUGUGACAGCUUUUUCUGGUUAUGAACACUUACAUGUCACUGAAAUAGUGCCGUUAUGCCUGGUUUUUGUGUAAUCACACUUCCAUUGUUAUUAUUUACAGGAAUUGACUACAAGACCACAACAAUCCUGUUAGAUGGCAGACGAGUCAAACUGGAGCUCUGGUAAGGUUGCAUUGCUGAAAUCUUACCAAAGUAUUAAGAGUGCCUACAUGACCUUAAGCCAAGAAAGAACUUGGGUUCAUCAAUAUAAUGUUCUUGCAAGCUUAGAAGUGGCUGCCUGGGCUUAUCUGGAGACAUUCAUAGAUAUCGAUUUCAUUUAAUUAUAGCAUGUAGAUUACAUUUUUCCUUAUCCCAUCCUCCUCUUGUAUGGCCUGGCUUCACAAGCUUCCUUCUACUGCUGCUACAUGCUGAAAAGAAAACAAGGGGCUUACAGCAUACAACAGGCAUAGGCAAACUCGGCCCUCCGGAUGUUUUGGGACUACAACUCCCAUCAUCCCUGACCACUGGUCCUGUUAGGUAGGGAUGAUGGGAGUUGUAGUCCCAAAACAUCUGGAGGGCUGAGUUUGCCUAUGCCUGGCAUACAACAUAAUUUAACCUUGCAUACAGAUUUACAAUGUGAAUGGAAGACAUAUGAAGAAAAACAAGGAAGUAAAGGAGGACAGUAGGGGAAGAUAUGCUAAGUCACUUUUCCCACCUUCAGUUUGUGUGUGUCUGGGCAGAUUUUAUUUUUUGCCAUAUUUUUUGCCCUGUGGCCUAAGGACAGUUUACCUUUAAAUGUUUACAUCUGGUCCUGCAUGAAAGCAUUUUCAAAACAGUCCUGGUUCCUACUUAGUGUUCAUUCUAAGAGCAUUGGUUUUUGGCCACUUAUGGAAAUGGCCUCUUGCAGAAGGAGGAUGGUGUGUGAACUUAGUCACAAAGUCUCUACCACAGUGAGUUAAAAGACAUUAACUUUCACGAUUUGAUAAAAGAAGUUUUGAGCUGGAGUGUAAGAGUGGAAUUUUAGAAGUUUUUCUCUUGUGGUGUGUAACCCCCCCCUUCCGGGCCCGGGAGCGUCCUGCCUUUGAGCCUGUUGAAGAGGAAAGGAGUUUGACAGCUGUUAAAGCUGUCAAACGGGCAAUUUAAAGUAAAAAGCGUGUUAUUUAAGAUCUCCUGGACUAAAUGUGAUACAAUUGAAUUAAAGUGGUUCGAAACAAAGAAACAAAGAACGAGGCAAAGGACUGUUGGGAAAAGAUUACUAAGUAACCAGAUUCCCUCUAGGGGAAUUCUGAGACAUUACAAUGGCUGCGGAUGGAAAUUUACUAGCUGAAAUAGAAAGAAUGUGUUACUUUGUGGGAACUUUACAAGAGCAGAGUCUGGCUAUGAAUAAACAACUUACGACCUUGACUUCUGGAAUAAGCAGCUCUGCUGAAUGUAUUGAGGAUCUGAAUGAGAAAAAGCUGCAGCUGAACCGGAACAGAUAUCUCAAGAAUUGAAGGAGACUAAACAAGGAAAGGAGAAAGCACAGAUGGAAAGUACCAACCAGAAGCCUACACAUGUGGAUUAUAAACAAGAAGACCCUUGGAUUACAUGGAUUACAAAUCUGCAAAAGAUGCGAAAGAUGAAGGAGGAGGCCCCUGGAGUACUUGGAAUUCAAGAACUUAAAAGAAAGAAGAAAUAUGAUGGGGGCCUCCAUUCUGAAUAUGAAGGACUGGUGGAACUUUUGCAGCAGUUGUCUCUAAGUUUUCUUGUGGGAAGAAAAUCUGGCUUGACUGGGACAGAACUCCUUCGAGAUCCGAAGACCAACAUAAAGGACUACCAACAAAACCGGCGGAGAGGGACUGAAAGAGACUUGAAGGCCUCGGAUGUGAGAAAUCCAGGCUAAGAACUGUUAUUGUAGAAAUGUACUUGGGAAGGGACGAACCGGGGAUGGGAGGGGGAAAAUAGAAUUUUAAAAACACAAGAGCAUCCAGUGUGGUGCCCACUAGAUGUUGUUGGGCAGCAUCAGCCCCAGCCAGCGUAGUCUAUGGUUGAGGAUGACUGGAAUUGUAAUCCAUUGCCCUGGUCUACCAUAAUGAUUACCACUCUCUCCCUGACAUUAUGCUAUUUGCAACAGGAUAGAUGGAACAAGCUUCUAGUUUGUGUAGUGACGGGUGUAUAAGAAAAGUGCCAGCAAAAAUCUGACCCUUUAGAUAUUUAGUAAUGCCUGAAUUGCACCAAAAAUCUGAUCUCCCUGGGAAAUCUGAUGCAGGGGAAUGAGGGUGGUGAGGCUUCCAGCUGUUUGUCAUGCACCCCUCCCAGGUCAUUGGACACAGCAGAGACCAACACACUGCAACGUGUUCUGUGACUAACCUGACCGCAGCUUGCACUUAUGUAGGCACUUGCUUAGGUCAGCACAGCACUCCUCAUAGCAUCACAGAUGUCUGGUGAUGCCCCUUGGUGUGCUGUAAUGUUUAAAUAGAUGAGAAGGCAUGGCUUAAAUCUACACACAAGCUCUGAGGCAGCUGGUGUCCUUAACACACCCUAUGUUUGUUUACUACAGAACACGUUGUACUCCUAAACAGAGUUGUAAGAAUUCCUCAGUGUAAUGUCAGCCUCUGGAGUAGCCAUUGAAUGCUGAACUCAAACAUAUCUUCUCCAGCCAAAAUUUGUCCUUUGUUUGUUUUCAUAGCAGCUUUUUAAAUGAAGAGCUAAGAAUUCUCUCUACGGCUAGGCAGUACUGAAGGACUGCUUCCAACACUUUUCUUUUAUGUGUAUGUGGAAGUUGGGUGACAGAGAGAGUCCACCAACUUGCCAUAUUCAUUAAAGAUAGCCUUGCAUGUGCAUUCUUGUGGAUUAAUGAUCUUUUCUGAGCCCACACCCCCAUCCAUACCAAUCAUUUGUAGCACUUCUUAAAUCUUCAGGAGAAUAUGUUCUCACUCACCUAACAAAAAGUUAACUGAACUUUCAUGUAGACAGGCCUAUGCAGUUGUUGUUUUUUAAAAAAACAAAAACGUGAACAUUUUAAUGAUUGUUCUGUAGUGCUCUUAAUAGAGGGGGAUUUCUUAUUUUGCUGCAGACUCCCUGAUGCUUUUUGAAAGGGUGGUAUAUAAAUACUUUUAUAAAUAAAUAAAUUCGCAUUUGACAGCAAUUUGUAAUCACUGUAGAUCAGUACAUAAAAGGCUCUUGGCAGGAAGCACAUCUGGCAUAACUUUUUUUUAAAAAAUGUGUAAUUGCAGAGAGAGAAAUGAGAGGGGGCAAGCAAACUUUUCACUGGAAGAGGUUUCUGAAGCUGAAGUGUCCUGGUGAAAAAAGCCUUAACCUUUGCACCCCACCCACCUAACCACCAAAGGCGAGACAGAGCUCAGCCAUUAUCUUAGAAUGGGCAGUUUUGAAUGAGAGGGUGUGUUUUGUUGUUGUCUAGGUUGUUGUUGUCACUAAAAAGGGGGGUUGGUGCUAGUAACUUGACAAAGGCCACCUGGUGAAACCAUGACAGUUAGAACUUGAGCCUUGGUCUCUCUCAUCUAACUCUCUCUAGUGGAACAUAUUGACGAUCCUCACGUUGAACAGUCAAAUCCUGUCUCCAGUGGUAGGAAGCUGGAACAUAAUACCAAUGAGCAUCUAGUCCAUCUAUAGCAGGGUCGGCCAACUUCCAAGAGACUUUGAUCUACAAUUAAAAACUGGCAGUGAUCUACCUCUUUUUGGGGGGGGGGGGUUUCAGGUGAAAGUUGUUGAGCUUAUUUUAGGGAGAAAAAUCCAAUGGGGGGGGUCAGGUCGAAGAAAUAAAUAAAAAUAGGAGCUCACCAAGAGAUUGCUAAUGAAAUGGUCAGCCUCACAGCGAGAGCUCCGUCUUCCAGUAUACUGAUCUAGAGGGCAGGGCGAGGGGACAGGGCUGGAUGGAGGAUCCCACGAUCUACCAAAACAUUCCAGGAAUCGAGCAGUAGAUCACAAUCGACCUGUUGGACAUCCCAUAUCUAUAGUAUAUGUAUGUAGCAUGUAUGUCUCUACCUACCCAUUUAUAGGUCAUAGGAAGUGGGAACAGCUAUGAUGAAUUUGCACACAAAGGCGGCCUGCUGGAGGGCUUGCAAAAUGGAUUUUACAUACAUAGUCAUUGUCUUUGAAGCAUUCAAAGUGAGGGCAGCUGGUGUUGAGCAGGACCUGGAAGUGUCUGCUGUAGCUUCUGUUGUGGUUGAAUUCUGCCAGUAGCAGCCUCCAAGAACUGAAAACAAUGAGCUGCAUCAGUAGAUAAAAUGGGAGUAAUGAACUUGAACCCAGCUUGAGAGUAUGGAUGUUCUGGAUUGAUAAAUAGAGCUGUAAAAAAAAUUUUAGUUCUCAGAUGCUAACAUGUAAUCUAUAUUCCUGAACAACCAGUCAUUUGGGAUAUCUUUUGUAUGUGUACUUGCAUGGAAAAGAUAAUAUGCACUCUUACUAGUGUUUAUUAACAUGUAUGGUAAAAUUUUCUUGUGUAUAUUCUUCUGCAGGAAAUAUAUUUGUGGGUACACAAGACUGGGAUAAGUUAGAGUGUUCUUUUUAGGCGUGGAGUAUGAGAGUGCACUCUACACAAAUCCAUAUGUGAAGCACAGCAUUUUGGGGAGAAAAAUAAUGACUUUUGUACAGUACAGUGGUGCCCCGCAAGACGAAUGCCUCGCAAGACGGAAAAACCGCUAGACGAAAGGGUUUUCCGUUUUGAAGUUGCUUCGCAGGACGAAUUCCCCUAUGGGCUUGCUUCGCAAGACGAAAAUACCUUGCGAGUCUAGAAAUUUUUUUCGCUUUUCCCCCUUUAUCUAAUCUGCUAAGCCUUUAAUAGCCUUUAAUAGCCUUUUAGCAGCUAAUCCCUAAGCCUUUAAGCCUUUAAUAGCCGCUAAACAGCUGAUAGCGCUAAUAGCGCUAAUCCGUCAAUGGGCUUGCUUCGCAAGACGAAAAAACCGCUAGACGAAGACUCUUGCGGAACGGAUUAAUUUCGUCUUGCGAGGCACCACUGUAUCCUCUUGUAUAGUAUGUAGUUCCAAUUUUAACCAACAGAUCACUGAAUGGAAUGGUUUUGUUAUUGGCUAAGGAUUCAACGAAAGGGUUGGGAAGGUAGAAUGGGGAGAUCUGAAAGCCAUCUACUUUUUUCCCUCCUUCAUUGUAGGGACACAUCGGGCCAAGGGAGGUUCUGUACAAUUUUUCGGUCAUACUCCAGGGGAGCUCAGGUGAGUACAGUCAGCAGUGCUGCUUAGCUUCUGUUACUUGACUCCAGGCAAAGGUGCCACCUGCAGUCAUUGCUUAUCAGUUUGUUAAUGUCUGGAAGUGAGCCAGGGGGAACCAGUGAUUGUGUUUGGGGCAGCCCUAACAAUGCAUCCAUAUUGGUUUAGGCCAAGGGUGGUGCCCUCCAAUUCUCAUCAGCCUCAGUCAACAUAGUCAAUGGGCUGAUGGGAGUUGUAGACCAAAACAUCUGGAGGGCACCAUGUUGGCUACUCCUGGCUUAGGCUACAGAAUGAUGGCUGUGCUGAAACUAGAGUCUUGCCAUGGGGAAAAAAGCAUUUCUAUUUCUCUUCCACUAUUUCUUCCACUUCAGUCUGGCAAUUCUGCUUGUGGCCUGGGUCCUAACUUAUUGCUGAAAACAUCCAGCUUUCUGAAACAUUCCUCUUGUAUUUCUUUACACACGCACACACACCAAAAAAACUUUUAUAGUCUAUAGGUCAGGCGUGGGGUUGGAGGGAGCCUUCAGUAGGCUGGUAAAAGAAUGGUUCUCAGAAUUCCUAAUCAUAUGACUAGAAAUGGGUAGAAUACUUUGAAAACCUUACAGUAGAAGUGAAUUACAUGGCAAAAAGGCAGGAAAAGAACACACAGUUGGGUGUGAAGUCACCAUUGACCAACUUUAGGAGAAUACCUUCUGCAAGUAAGCAACUUGGAAUUUUUUUUUUUGUUUGUUUUAAUUUGAACAUUUGGUGUUCUGUUUCAUACAGGGAAUCCUCUUGGUCUAUGACAUUACCAAUCGCUGGUCUUUUGAUGGAAUAGACAGAUGGAUCAAGGAAAUUGAUGAGGUAAGAAUGGCAAAGACUGCAUUAGACUUCCAUAAACUUGGUCUUUUUAUCUUUGCUCAUCAUCUACAAAUCUGGUUCAGGGAAUGUCAGAAUUUUUGGUUUCCUGUUAGGACCUUAUACUGUAUUGAAGCAAACUGUCAGUUGGGUACUAUUGCAUCCUGCUGCAGGCUGAAAUGCUUCUAUAACCUUCUAUUGAGACCAAACACCCAAGUAAAAAUCCCUGCACUAAGAAAACUCAUAUCCAGGUGGAGUCUAGGUUAGAAUCUUUCUCCUUUGACAGGUGUUAGUCACCUGGGAUCAUUAUAAUGAGAGGUUAUGGGUUGCAGCCUCACCUGCUUGUCAAAGUUAGCCCAUGGAGGGGUGGGGAGAUAUUGGGAUUCUGUUCCCAACCAGAUCCACUUCCCAGUCCUGCCCAAGUGCACAAAUUCUCUUAUGUGCAGGGAUUUUUAUAUGGCAGAGAAAUUAUUCAUAUAAACCCUGGCCUGUAGUCUGGAGUAGGAUAGCCCAGACACAGGUUUACUACUUCAGAAAGGCCUAACAUAGUUAUCAGAAAAUGUUAUCUGUUAAUUGCCAGGCAUUAAGAGGAAAAUAUGUUAGUACACUUAACACUAGAAUGUAGAAGGGAUGGAAGGUGUGGGCAGAUACUGGGAUUUGCCAAGCUUAAACCAGUUUCUAGUCCCCAUUUCCUCCUUGCAAAGCCAGCAGUGUACUAGACAUGGCCUUCUCUAGAUAGCAGCUUCUUCUAUUGGACCCUGUGCCAUGUCCAGGUUAGGAGCACAGAACCCGGCCUGAAAAAUGAAAGCACAGCAUUGUCUUGUAAAUGAGAAGUGCCAAAUAGGUAUUUUGCUCCCCAAAGGAAAAGGGUUGGAACAUGAGCUUGGGCUGGCAUGGAAGUCCGUAUGUUCAGUGAUAUGUUUUUCUCUCUAAAGCAUGCUCCUGGUGUGCCCCGCAUCUUGGUUGGCAACCGGCUUCAUCUGGCCUUUAAACGGCAAGUGCCAACAGAGCAAGCCCGCUCCUAUGCAGAGAAAAAUUGCAUGACGUUCUUUGAGGUCAGCCCAUUGUGCAACUUCAACGUGAUUGAGUCCUUCACGGAGCUGUCUCGUAUUGUGCUGAUGAGGCAUGGCAUGGAGAAGAUCUGGAGGCCCAACAGAGGUGAGCAAGCACCCACACCAUUGUUACUGCCAUGCAUUAAGACAGGAAUAGAUGUUCCAGUUGUCAGUCUUCCUUCUAGGAUUUGGUGUUUGGUACACAUGGCAUUUCCACUAUUGCUCUUUGAAUUCAGCUACGGUAGUUUGCCUCAAUGUCAUGUGUGAUGUCUGUCAUGUAAGUUACUGUGACUUAGCUUGCUUAAUGAUGAUUCGCUCAUAUUAGUACGAAUAGGCGAAAUCUCACUCUGCAAAAACAAUGAAACAUCUGAAACAGACCUUAUUUAGAUAUGAAACAAAAAUGGAGCUCUAUGUGCCUUGAGUCUUCUCCUCUAGAGACAAUACCUGCCUAUCUUCUUCUUCACUGAGCCCUGUGAAUUUAUUGAACUUGCUUUAUGCCCCAACAUACCACCCUGACUUUGGGUUCUCUCCAUUGAUGUCAUUAUCCUCCUUGUAUAUAGAAAAGAAACUGAUUAAAAAUAGCUUUUUGCAUGCAGCACUGAACCAACUAGGCCAGUUUUUAUAUCUCCCAUAGCUGUGAAAAUAGGAUUGAAAAGGCUUGGAUGUUGCAGGCUUGAUCUUUUUAUUAGAGUAUCAACUUUCCCACUCCAGAUUUGAUUUCUUAAACAAACUUUAUAGCAUAAGCUAGCCAGCAUUCAGUGAGUUGUUAAUUUUCAGUUUUAUCAAUUGACACUAAAAUUUCAUGUUUUCUUGAGACCUCUAUUUGACUUCUCUCAAAGUAGUUCAGUCAUGGGAAUCUGUCCAGCAUCUUCCAUGGUAGUGACCAAUGCAACUAAUUUAUUCAGCUUGUUUGGAUCACAGACUUCAGGUCCCCCCGUGCUGACUUUGGGGGUCUUAAUAUAGAGCGUGUGUGAUAUAUUGUUCCAUCCUUGUCAAUCAUUCCCAGCAGCUUGAUGUUUGAAGAAGCAUUGUGGACAAGGGAAUAUGAAGAGCAGCCUUACACUGAGCCAUUCAAACAGCACUUGACAAAGCCAGCUUCCUGCUUUCCCUGUGGGGUGCAGUUUUCCUUGUUGUCAGAAGAUGGCAUGCUAUCAUUUCUGUGGUGGAGGGAUUCUUUGACUCUGUCAUAGCUGACCUGCUCAGUUUCAAAAGAGCUCCCCUUCCACUCUCACAUGCAAGGCUGGCAGAUAGUUCAGCUUGCAAAAGUCUUCUUUGUCCUCAGCCCUAAGGGCAACUGGAACAAAAGGAAAGUCAAGAGGGCAGAGGUUCUUAUCCAAGUCCCCACUAGGAGAAGGGAUUGCUGCUAGUUCACAUGUAUACAGGUAUUCUGAGAUUCUGGGUAACAGGAGCACAGAUAGGGAGGAUAGUAACUUCAAGCACUGCUUCACAGCUGACGAGCACAGAAGUCUGGUUUAAUGUACUUACUUUUUUUGGUAAUAUCUGUUCGAGUCAGCCUGAGAUUUGUGGACUGGGGAUUUCAUAGCAGAUUUCAGUAGCUCUUCCAGCUGCAUUCAGGUGAGCGAUUAGUUGCUCUGACCCUUUUGGCUCCCUGCGUGAAACUUUGCUAGUGACCUGAACUGUGUCAGGCCCUCAAGUAACAGAACUAGAAUGCCUUCCUCUCUUCUCCCCCAGCAGUGACCUCAUCAAAGCAAAUCUGCCCCACCCCAGAGUAGUUGUUCUGCUUUGCAAAGCAGAUGUUACAAGAUUUUGCACACUGCUUAGAAAGAAACACGGGGCCACAGGUUCUCAUGGGUGUGAGCGAGUUUGCUCAUAGGGUCUCAGUCCAGCUGUGGGAAGGGAUCAGAGUUCAGGGCUGUUUGCCUCAGGUUGCCAGGGCUUGUAUACUUGUCAAAUCGGAAUGUGCUCUGUUCUGAGGCAUGCAGCAUGUCUGCUCACCUCUAGACCAAGCCUGUCCUCCCUCAUUGAAUUUUCAGGCAGGGAAGCCCUCUUCCAAUUUUAAUUGCAGUCUCGAGGGCUUUGUCUGGAAGGGAAUUUAUAUGCAGUGUGUCUUCUGCAGACAUGACUUAGCCAGCCAGUCGGCUUUCCCGCCAGCCAGUUGUGGGGAGGCAUUAAUUACUUUGACAAUGGCCCAAGAAACCUGAUUAACACACAAGAAUAUGAUUUGGGAGAAGAUGCGGGUUCAUUCCCAGCUCUAAAAUUCUGUUGGGCAUGUCACUAAUUCUCUAGCUUCAGUUUCUUGUCUGGAAUGUAGAGAGAAAGAGAGAGAAAGAACUCUGCCUCCCUAGAAGAGUUGUUAUUGAAUACUGAAACACAUAUCGGAGGCUAUAGGAAUGUAGCCAUAUAAACUGAUCAAACAGCCUAAACUCAGUGUUCUGUGCAAAACCUGGGGCUUCUGCUUCCCAAUGCUAUACUUGGUGUUACUUGGGGCUGCAGAGCCUUGCAUAGCCAUUGGGAUAGUAUGGAGUUCAAUAUAUUAAAUGUUUUGAAAAUAAAAGCACGUUUCUAGUCCUCAUAGUUGUCAGGAACCAUCUUAUGGGGAAAUUAGCAGUGCCAGCUGGACUGGACUGUUGAACCAGGCAGCUUUGCUUGAUGGCAUGACUUGAUGGUGUCCACUGUGCUGGAAAUAGCGCACAAGUCAAGCUUUGUACUUCUGGCCAGAUAGGUUGGUUCCCUAUGUAAACUGAUGUCACAAUAAGUUCUGGUGUGUGCUAUUGCAGGGUGAGGAGAGGUAUGUGUGUCAAGAGCUGCACUUUCAGGUUAUGCAGCUGUGCCCCUACUUCAAGAUGUCUAUCUAAUGAAUGGGUAUAUAUGAUUUUAUGCUAAAUAUUUCAAAAAAUGUUCAAAGUGGAUUACAAACAUGAAACAACAACUCCAAUUGAUAACUAAGAUAAAACCAGGUAAAACAAAUUCAGAGGCUGGGGUGAAUUAACCAGAUCCUGAUAUUGGAGAAGGGGCUGAAGGAUGUCGCUGUGGUGUUGCACUUCUUGAAGUGUUAAUUUAGAUAGAUUGUGGGUUGACUUAUUCAAUGGAGCACUUACAAAAGGAAACUGGUAACCAGAAGCGGGCUACACUGAUCUCUUGGGCUAUUUCCCCUCCAAAGAAUGUAUGAAAAUGUAGCUUGCUGCAGGCAUACAUUUAAAACUACAGGAUUUGGGAUUUAUAGGCUCAGCUCAUCCAUAUACAGGUCCACAGUGCUAGCUAAGGCUGGGGAAGUGCCUGACACCUAAAGAACUAAACAUUUGUUCAUGGAAAAUGGUAUACUUGCACCAGAGCAAACGAUACAAGAACUGUCCCAAUCGUACAUCCUUUCUAAUCCCGUAUUUCUUUUUUAUUGCCUCCCACAUCCACAGUGUUCAGCCUGCAAGACCUCUGCUGCCGUGCCAUUGUUUCCUGCACGCCCGUCCACCUUAUAGACAAGCUGCCCCUUCCCGUCACCAUCAAGAGCCACUUGAAGUCUUUCUCCAUGGCUAACGGCAUGAACGCAGUGAUGAUGCACGGCCGCUCAUACUCCUUGGCCAGCAGCGGAGGUGGGAGCAGUAGCAAAGGCAACAGCUUGAAGCGCUCCAAGUCUAUCCGUCCGCCACAGAGCCCACCACAGAACUGCUCGCGCAACAACUGCAAGAUCUCUUAGCAAGUCGGUGCUGGGGAGUGUCUCCUCCAGCCACGCCCGCCCACUCGCUGAUGUACAGAUGUUUACACACACGUAACCCAUUCCACUGGGGUCUCUCCUGACGUUCCUCUGUGUCUCUGGCAACAGUGCCUACAGGAUUGGCAUGGGGCUUGUGGGCUGACGUGAGGUUGGCAGGAUCCCACAUGGCAAGGGGGUGCUGAGCCAGCCUUCCCAGAAUGCAGUAGGUGUGCCCCUCACCCUGCUCUGAGGGGCAACUGCAUGGCUGCCUCAAGGGAAUGACUCUCUUCCUCCUGCGAGGGAGGAGAUGGGACUCUGUGCUGCAACUUUAACCUUGCGCUCCCAAGUGGAUUGCUGGUGCUACAGUGAACAUGACUCUUUUUUUAAAAAAAGGGGGUGAGGAGGCAGGAAUUAUAGCAACUUCAACCCAGAUGGAGUUCUGCCUUUACCCAACAGAAAUACCAUGAUUGGCUGGGGAUCCUUAGAAAGCAGGCUGCUUGACAUUUUCACUUAUUUAUAAAUAUAAAGAGAUUCUCACUACUUUUUUUUUCUUCUUAGUUCUCCUCCAUUCCUGCCUUUUUUUAAAGAGAAGGACAUCAGGGGGGAAAUGUUGUGCUGCCUUGUAAAUAGAAGUACUGAGCCUUGACCCCUAGGGCUAAUUGAAGUAGGAGGGGGGGUUGACGGGGGUCAAGGAGCAAAAUGAUCAAACACUCUGAGAAUUGUAUAAGACUCACAGGGUUGCUGUCAUUUUUUUUUUUUUAAUUCUGUUUGUGAAAGGAGGUAGGGAUUUGUUCCUCUUUUCUUUUUGACUUAGAUUUUCCAGACAUUCCUGGUAACAAGUGCAUGGCUUAAAUGGACAGCAAGGGCAGGGUUCUGAAUCACACUGCUGUGUUUGUGGGGAUGGGGUGGGGGGAAGAGAAUGAGGGUGGGGGAGUCCUGACUACAUCUGGAAUUGGUUAAUGACUGAUCAAGCCAUCCCUGCCUCCCAGGAGGCUUAAGGCAAAAGGUUAGACUGUACCAAAUCUCAAAAAGAUCAUGGCUUGGGGGGGGUGUGGUGGGGAGAGACGAUCAUCAGUAAAUGCUGCUCUUUUAUGGCUGUUCAUAAUUACUGGGUUGUGUGAGGCAUGGGGAGAUCUGGGGCUCCUGAACAAAACCUCUCCUGCAGCAUGUUCUCUGGCUGGGCAGAAAUCCUCGCAUGUUACUGCGCUUUUGCUUUUGUAGUCAGCUACUUGCUUUUGAUGCUCUCUAGCCCUGUGGUGUUGUCAAUCCUGUUCAUACAGCUUCUCUGAACUACAGAGUUGCUCAGGGAGCCCAAACAGUCUUAGAAAUCCAGGGCACACCUCCCCACCCCUCCCACCCCCAUUAACACCUUUUCACUUUUCAAAAAUCAAUUUAUUCACCAGAAUUGUACACAGAUAGUAAAAGCCUCUCUUAUAACAUGCAUAAGAGUAUUAAGAUUGGUGGGGUAAGGCGGGAGAGGUGGAAUACUGAGAAACAAAUUAGUUGCAGCUUCCGUGGCUCUUUCCUUUGUACACUGCCCUGCUCUCUGUUCACUUAGAGUACCCUGUGCUGCCACAAAUGCACAUUGGGCUGUUGCUUUAGCUUUGGCUGGAGUUGAUGGGAAACGAAGCAGAAGUGUGCAGAGGGUGAAGCUACAGUCACCUGCUGGCUUUAUUGAUAGAGCCUAUGAAUUGCAUUCUGGAAUCUUUGAUUUAUUCACGUCCUUCGCCACCUAGUUCGUUUUCUCUCUCUCUCUCCCUCCCCCCCCCCAUCCCUAUUUAUCUCAAUCUAUCUCUCCCUGGUGAAUGUCUCCUCCCAGGUGGCUUUCCUCAAUACCACCCACCAUCCUGCCCAGGACUGGCCACUUAACCUUAUUGCAGAUUGGAAAGGGUAGUAUGAUGCUGCUGGUUGCUUGUCAUGCAGCUGACUAACCCAUUCUGUUCAGGAACUUUGACAGGAGCCUAGCUGGCAGAGCUGCAGCUUAUUGGCUGCUCCAAGAUGGCUUGGCACGAGGGGUGAGCCAAGCCCCGCUGUUGGCAUGAGCUCAAAGAGGGCGGCGGGGACAGGUCAAGGGCAGGGGAAAGCCUUUAGCGGCAUCUCAUCGGGCUGUGAACAAAGCCAGAGCCAAAUCCAGGGCAGGAGCAUGGAAGCUUGGAGAUUUACAGGGCAUGUCGGCACAGCCACGACCACCUGUUGCCGCUUGCUCUAAAUGGAGUGGGAGACAAUCACUGACUCAACAGCCUGGCAUUCUGGGGAUGUGCAGUGAACAGGUGAUCUAGGAGGCAGCCUGGACACAGCCAUCUUUCCACCCUUGGUUUUAAAAUAGCUACUUCCCAAAAGAGCUAUAGAAUGUGCAUUGUUUUUCUGAAGAAUUGCUGGGAGUGCCCCCCCCCAUGCAUCCACCCCUGCUUGGCAGGCUGUAAAUCCUCCUUAUUGUGUCUCCAGCAUCUGAUAUCACUUGUACAUAAUCUGCUGGGACAGGGUGGCCAUGGAGCUUUUCUUACCAGAGUAGAAGAGUUCAACUACCUGCACUUGUUCUUUCUUACUUGUACAUGCAUAAUUUUCAGUCUCACCUAAAUGCCUGUCUUUAAUUUUCCCUUCUUCUUUUUUUAAAAAAUCAUGGCAAAUUCUGUGGAAUGAGACUCUUUGGAAUGUCUGUCAAUCAAAGCUGAACUUGUACCUUAUUUUAUUAAUGUUCAACUCAAAGAAUGUGAUCUGAUAUCAAACACUAGAAACUAGCUGCUCUCCCACACACGUACCAUUCCUCUGUUUUUAAUUCCUUUGUACAGUAAACGUUGUUAAACUGAUGGUUUUUAUAUAAAUUAAAAAAAAUUAUCUUGUUUUAAAACCACCCUGCAGGCUCUGGAAGUUGUCAUUGACAAGCAAGUGAGCUCUUUAAAGGGGUGUUGCUGAAGGACAGUGGGAGGGCAGCAGAGAAGUGGGGGAGGCUGGGCAGGAUGGAUUUAAGGGGAUUAAGGGGGCUUGUGGCUCUGGGAUAUUCCCAGGAGGAAUGGUGGAAAGCACUUUGCUAACUGCCUCAUUUGAAAUGAACAGGCAUUUGGCCAUGGACUGAAGGCUUGGAUCAAAGCGGAAUGCUUUCUUCACACUUGCAUGACUUGAGAGAAUCUCUAUUCUGUGCCAAGGGCAUGGAUGUUUGCACACCAGCCCAUAGAUCCCUUCUGGAGACUUCAACCGUGCUUAUUUUAAUUUUUUAAAGAAAAGAACUUGUUAGCAUUGCAAAAAAUAAAUAGAUCUGGCCUUGGUACAAUUUGAUGGCAUUCAGACAAUGAAAUCCUGGCUUAAGAAGUCAGGAUACCUAAACACACCAUGUGUCCACUUCAUAUACAGCUCAUGUACACUACAUAUACAUGAGCAAGGAAACGAGCCAGGAAGCCACUGUUAACCAUGGUUUCCCAUUAUGUCCAAACCAGGAAACAAUGGUUAAUGGCUUCCAAUCAAGGGUAUGAUGCCAUGGUUUAAAAUUUGGCUUAUGAAUCCUGACUUGUUUAGAAAGCAAUUAUGCACAGUUCCCAGGGUUCAUGCAAUGAAAAGCAUGUCUAACUGCAGUUAUACACUUUACUCUUUUCCUAUGAGUGAUGGGGCUGCAUGCGUGCUGGUGCACAAAGCUCAUGCAUUUCCAUGCAUAUUAGGAUUUGCGCAUCUGAAGAUUUUACAUUACACGUUACAUUACAGUAAUUGCUCUACGUUGGAAAAAGGCAAGAAAAUGCAUUUAAAAGCGCUUAAAAGAUUCUUCACUUUUAUUAUGUGUGCAUCCCACCUUCUCUCUGGGAACACAAGGCAGCAAUACAUGGCAUUACAAGUUAUUUCCCAUUCUGGCCUGGGCCAGCCCCAGACUGACUUUGUUUCAGCAAGGUCGCUACCUCGUGGACCUUCAGACUGUUGCCUACUCCUUAUCAACUGUACCUCUGGAACUGAGUAAAACACAUGUCUGAUACAGAGUAGACACUACAAGCCUUCAAAACUACAAACUACAAGCUUUUGAUAUUGUGGUUUUAAAGCCUCUCUGCCCUAAAUUACAAAUGUGCUUUUCUGCUGCUGGGGAAAGAUUCAAGAUGAUGGGGGGAGGUACACAGAACAGUGUAAUAUAGCACGUUCAUUUGAAUGCCUUUCAAGAUUAAGGUUUAAAUCCACCCAGCAUUCCUGCCUAUGUAGUUAUGUACUGGUUAGAGCCACGGUUACAGCAUUCACCCAUGAGAGGAAGAAGAACCCAAUCCGUAGAUGUAUUGUAUAGCAGAGUGGCUAAGCCUUAAAUUGCGUCCUGUGGAGGCCUGAAUCAAGUUCCACUCCACCGCAGACCUCCCCAUCAUCUAUAGCACUGAGCAAUAACAGCAACCUACCUUUCUGAAUUGUACUCCUUUCCACAAGUUUCAUGUAUGUGAAAUAAAUGAAAACACUUUUU